UAUUCUGAAGUCUCAAGAAGCUAGCCCAUUUAAAUGCUCAUAGCCCAUGAGAGAGGCAUCAAAGCAGCCAUGGCACUCCCUUUUCAGAAAGAGCUGGAGAAAUACAAGAACAUUGAUGAAGACGAGCUUCUUGGCAAACUGUCAGAAGAGGAACUGAAACAGUUGGAAAAUGUUCUUGAUGACCUAGAUCCUGAGAGUGCACUGCUACCAGCUGGAUUCCGGCAGAAAGACCAGACACAGAAAGCAGCCACCGGCCCAUUUGACCGUGAGCACCUUCUCAUGUACCUGGAGAAGGAGGCUCUAGAACAGAAAGACAGAGAAGACUUUGUGCCCUUCACUGGGGAAAAAAAGGGGAGAGUCUUUAUCCCCAAAGAAAAGCCUGUAGAAACUCUCAAAGAAGAAAAAGUGACCCUCGACCCAGAACUGGAAGAAGCUUUGGCUAGCGCCUCCGACACUGAGCUCUAUGAUCUUGCAGCUGUUCUUGGAGUACACAAUUUGCUCAACAAUCCCAAGUUCGAUGAAGAAACCAGCACUAAAAGUGGCAAAGGGCCUGUAAGAAAUGUGGUCAAAGGUGAAAAGGUCAAGCCAGUAUUUGAGGAACCACCCAAUCCCACAAAUGUGGAAGCAAGUCUGCAGCAGAUGAAAACCAAUGAUCCUAGCCUGCAAGAGGUCAACCUGAACAACAUUAAGGCUUUUGCAGAUAUGCUGAAAGUAAACAAGACCUUGAAAAGUUUCAACAUAGAAUCCAACUUUAUCACUGGAACUGGGAUUCUGGCCCUGGUAGAGGCACUGAGAGAAAAUGACACCUUGACAGAGAUCAAGAUCGACAACCAGAGACAGCAGUUGGGAACAGCCGUAGAAAUGGAAAUUGCCCAGAUGCUGGAGGAGAACUCAAGGAUACUCAAGUUUGGAUACCAGUUUACCAAGCAAGGGCCGCGAACAAGGGUGGCAGCUGCCAUUACAAAGAAUAAUGACCUGGUGCGUAAGAAGCGAGUUGAAGGAGACCGGAGGUAAACUUCCACAAGAAGAAGCUAAGUUUUAUCUCAGCUGCUGCUGCGUGGCCAUUUAGAAACAAACAAACAAACAAACAAAAACUCUUCUCUUUCCCCAGUGGGACCAUUUUAUCAAAGGUUAUUUCCGUUAACUACACAGCUAAUAAUUUUUUUUUUUUCAUUUUUAGUACAACUUAUUUAUCUUGGAUUUUUAAUAUAUACAGUUGUUUUGUUCGGUCAUGGGCACCUCUGGCAACUUGCAGAAGUGGACUCUUGGCAGAGCUUAGUGAUAAUAAUUGAAAUGAUUUUAACCACUUUCAUAUCAGGUUGUCGUACUUUAUUACAUGAACUUUUUUUUUAAUCACUCAAUUUAGUAUAUAAGAUGUGUUUUUAACUGUGAUCAUGAUAGAAUCCUAUCUCUGUUUACACACAUAGCUUUGAGCUAGGCUAGAUGCUUCAG